AUGGAUCUCGACGCUGGAGAUUCCCCGUGGGGCGAUGAGCCAUCACGCUCGACAAAUAGCCCACCACCAUCCAAGCAGGAAAGCCAGGAUCAAUCCCCCGCGCAGCCCGCACCAUCCUCGGCCGGGAGCGCGGAAGUCCGCACACCUGGAAGGCGCCCACAGCGAGGAACGCGGAAGAUUAGCGCACAGGCAACGCGAUUGGAAGCCGUCGACGACACUGUUGACCCUUUGGGUCCUCUGGGUGAAUCGACCCCCGAUCUCACAACUCCGGUGACCGAGGCGGCCCCCGCGCCGCCGCAGAAGGAGUCGCUCGCCAUCCGGGGCCCCCAGUCAUCUUCUGCGUUUUCUCAAAUCCCCGGUGCGACUGGCCUCGCCGACUCGGUGGAUCUUGAAGAAGAUGGAUCCGGGUUCCGAAGACCUCCCCCUGUGCAGCCCCCGGCGGACGUCGAGGGACCGAAGCGACAGACUCAGCCAAGCAUGAGCAUUGAGCAGGCUGCGAAACCCUCAUUCGAUAUCACUGUGGGAGAUCCUCAUAAAGUCGGCGACCUCACAAGUAGUCACAUUGUUUAUCAAGUCCGCACAAAGACGACUUCCAAAGCCUACCGCCAACCUGAAUUCGCUGUGAGCCGUCGCUACCGAGACUUCUUAUGGCUGUACAAUUCCUUGCACAACAACAACCCCGGUGUCGUCGUUGCGCCGCCUCCUGAGAAACAAGCCGUUGGCCGCUUUGACACAAACUUCGUCGAGUCUCGGAGAGCAGCGCUUGAGCGCAUGUUGAACAAGAUUGCCGCGCAUCCGAUCCUCCAACAUGAUGGUGAUCUGAAGAUUUUCCUCGAGAGUGAGGCUUUCAAUGUGGAUAUCAAGAACAAGGAGAAUCGCGAGCCCGACCUCGGUCAAAGUAAAGGAAUGUUUAGUGGAUUUGGCAUCUCAGUGGGUGGAGGCGGCAAGUUUGUCGAGCAUGACGAUUGGUUCCAUGACCGGAAAGUGUAUUUGGACGCAUUAGAAAGUCAGCUCAAAGCUCUUCUGAAGUCUAUGGACACGGUUGUUGCGCAGCGAAAGGGUCUUUCUGAGGCCGCGGGGGAUUUCUCAAGCUCGCUGCACGCAUUGGCGGCAGUGGAGCUUUCUCCUGCGCUGGCGUCGCCUCUUGACGGGCUGUCUGAGCUUCAAUUCCGCAUCAAAGAACUCUACGAGCGCCAGGCCCAGCAGGAUGUCCUAACGCUCGGUAUCACAAUUGAUGAGUACAUCAGAUUAAUAGGCAGUGUCAAGACUGCUUUCACUCAACGGCAAAAGGCCUUCCAUACCUGGCAUGCUGCGGAGUCAGACCUCCAGAAGCGCAAGAACACCCAGGAGAAACUACUUCGCCAGGGCAAGUCUCAGCAAGAUCGGCUGAAUCAAGCCAAUGCCGAUGUUGCGGAUGCGGAACGUAAGGUGCAUCAGACACGACUCUUGUUUGAGGAUAUGGGCCGCUUGAUGCGAAACGAGCUUCAGCGAUUCGAGAAGGAGAAGGUGGAGGAUUUCAAAUCCGGCGUGGAAACGUUCUUGGAGAGCGCCGUGGAGGCGCAAAAGGAGUUGAUUGAGCUCUGGGAAACGUUCCUGCUGCGGCUUGAUGCCGGAGAGGAUGGUCUGCCUUACUAUGUGCCGCAGUCCGAUGCCGGUCAAUCUGAAGAGGCCCCUGCGAACGAGCCCACGCCAUCAGCAUCUGAGUCGGCGGUGCCCACUGAUGGCGCGAGCGAGACGGAGUGA